AUGGAUUGCUCAAAUUUCUUGAAAGAAGAUUUAUCUUAGAUUUUUGCAUAGGUGAAAGAGGUGAAUGAUUAAAUCUUUAUUCAUAUGAUUGAAAUAUUUAGAAAAGAAAAAAUAUCAGACAGCAUAAGAUAUCUUUCAAUUGAUAAGAAUCAAAGGCAAGUUCAAUUUUACAUUUAAAAAAUAGAUACUUCAUCAUCGUCAGAUGAAGGAGAGAAGCUAAAAGUUAUAAAAGACAAUAUUAGGAAAAUUCAUAAUGCUCUCAAAUAAAUUAAAGAUAAUGAUUUUAAUAAAAAUAAUUACUCAUUGGAAAAAUACUCAUAAAAUAAACAAGUUAUAAUGAAAAAAAUUGACAAUAAUAAAAAUAUCACUUAAUUUUUAAUAUUUUUAGUUAAUCUAACUUCUUAGGAUAGCCAGUUCAUAAUAUGCGGAUCAAAUUCACUAAAUUUAUUAGUUGAAAUGGAGAUUGAUAUAAGGAACUAGUGUUUUAAAAAUAUUAAGAUUAAAAAUACUUCCAUCAUUGGAGGUAAUUUUGUACGAUGCAAUUUAAGUGGAUCAGAAUUAAAUAAUGUAGAUAUUAGUGGAGUUAACUUAAAUGGAGCUUAACUAUUUAAUUGUAAAUGGUAGAAUUUGAAAAUAACUCAAUUAAAUAAAUUAGAUGGCCAUAGUAGUUAUGUAAAUGUAGUCUGCUUCUCUCUUGAUGGAACUACUUUAGCAUCUGGCAGUAGUGAUAACUCUAUUCGUUUGUGGGAUGUUAAGAAAGGAUAAUCAAAAACUAUUUUAGAUGGUCAUAGUGGUUCAGUUUUCUCAGUAUGCUUUUCUCCUGAUUGUACUACCUUAGCAUCUGGUAGUGAAGAUGAGUCUAUCUGUUUAUGGGAUGUGAAAACAGGGCACUAAAGAGCUUAAUUGAAGGGUCAUACAAAUUGUGUAAACUCAGUAUGCUACUCCCCUGGUGGUACUACUUUAGCAUCUAGUAGUAGUGAUAACUCUAUUCGUUUAUGGAAUGUUAAGACAGGACUUUAAAAAGCCAAAUUAGUUGGUCAUAGUAAAUCAGUCUUUUCAGUAUGCUUCUCCCCUGAUGGUACUACUUUAGCAUCUAGUAGUAGUGAUAACUCUAUUCGUUUAUGGAAUGUUAAGACAGGUUAAUAAAAAGCCUAAUUAGAAGGUCAUAGUAGUUCAGUCUUCUCAGUAUGCUUCUCUCCUGAUGGUACCACAUUAGCAUCUGGUAGUGGGGAUAACUCUAUUUGUUUAUGGGAUGUUAAGAACGGUUAAUAAAAAGCCUAAUUAGAAGGUCAUAGUAGUUCAGUCUUCUCAGUAUGCUUCUCUCCUGAUGGUACUACUUUAGCAUCAGGUAGUGGUGAUAACUUGAUUUAUUUAUGGGAUGUGAAGACAGAAUAAUAACAAGCCAAAUUGGAUGAUCAUACUAGUUUUAUCUAUUCAGUAUGCUUCUCUAUUGAUGGAACUACUUUAGCAUCUGGUAGUUGUGAUAACUCUAUACGUUUAUGGGAUUUUAAAACAGGACAAUAACAAAUCAAAUUAAAUGGUCACAGUAGAUCAGUCUAUUAAGUGUGCUUCUCUCCAGAUGGUAAUACGUUAGCAUCAUGUAGUUAAGAAAAGUCUAUCUAUUUAUGGGAUGCAAAGACAGGACAAUAAAAAGCCAAAUUGGUUGAAAAUCAAUAAAUUGUCUACUCAUUGUGCUUCUCUCCUGAUGGUAGUACUCUAGCAUCUAAUAGUGGUUGUAGGUCUAUCAUUUUUUGGGAGGUGAGGACAGGAUAGUAAAAAGCAAAAUUGGAUGUUGAUAGUGAUUAUGUAAAUUAGGUAUGCUUCUCCCCUGAUGGUAAUACAUUAGCCUCUGGUUAUAAAUCUUUACUUAUAUUGGAUGUUAAGACAAGAAAAUAAAAAGCCAAGUUAAAUUGUCGUAUUAAUUAUAUCAACUCAAUUUGUUUCUCUCCAAAUGGAGCUUUAUUAGCAUGUUGUAGUGGUAAUAAUUAAGUUAGAUAAUUCGAUUAUUUAAUCCAUAUAUGGGAUGUUAGGACAGGAUUUUUGAAAUUCUAACUAGAUAGCUGUAGUGAUUGUGUAAGAUCGGUUUGCUUCUCCCCUGAUGGCACUAUUUUGGCGUCAGGAGUAGGAGAUAAUAGUGAUAGAGGUUUUUUCGUUUACUCAAUAAUUUUAUGGGAUGUUACAAAAGGAGAUCUUUUAUAAAUAUUAAAUGGUCACACUAGUAUUGUUUAUUCAGUAUGCUUUUCUCCAGAUGGUGCUAUUUUAGUAUCUGGUAGUGAUGAUAAGUCUAUCCGUUUUUGGGAUGUUAAGACAGGAAAAUAACAAGUGAAAUUAGAUGGUCAUAGCAGUGCAGUCUACUCAGUCUGCUACUCUCCUGAUGGUACUACAUUAGCAUCUGGUAGUUAAGAUUAGUCCAUUCGUUUAUGGGAUGUUAGAAUUGGAUAAUAAAAAGUAAAAUUAGAAGGCAAUAAUGACAAUGUCAACUCAGGGUGCUUUCAUCUUGAUAGUAUUUCAUUAGCAUCUGAUAUUGAUGAAGAAGAGAUUCGCUUAUUGCAUAUAAAGAGAGGAUAAUAAAAAGCCAAAUUAGAUGGCCAUAAUAAUUGUAUCAAUUCUGUCAGCUUCUCUCCUGAUGGUAAUAAUUUAGCAUCUGGAAGUAGAGAUAAAUCUAUAUGUAUAUGGGAUGUUAAAACAGGAUAAUAAAAAGCCAGACUAAUCGGUCAUUAGAGCAAUGUCUAUUCAGUAUGCUUCUCUCCUUAGGGUACAAUUUUAGCAUCGGGUAGUCAUGAUACAUCUAUUCGCUUGUGGGAUGUUAGGACAGGAUAAUAAAAAGCCAAAUUAGAUGGCCAUAAUAAUUGUAUUAAUUCUGUCAGCUUCUCUCCUGAUGGUAAUAAUUUAGCAUCUGGAAGUAGAGAUAAAUCUAUCUGUAUUUGGGAUGUUAAAACAGGAUAAUAAAAAGCCAGACUAAUUGGUCAUUAGAGUAAUGUCUACUCAGUAUGCUUCUCUCCUUAGGGGAAAAUUUUAGCAUCGGGUAGUCAUGAUAGAUCUAUCCGUUUAUGGUAUACCAAGACAGGACAAUAAAAAACCAUAAUUUAUGGCCAUUAAUAUGGAGUCAUAUCAGUAUGCUUCUCUCCUGAUGGCAUUAUUUUAGCAUCUUGCAGCUAUGAUAAUUCUAUCCGUUUAUGGGAUGUUAACACUGAAUAAUAAAUAGCUAAAUUGAGUGGUCAUAGUAGAUGUGUUAACUCUGUUUGCUUCACUCCUAAUGGUACUACAUUAGCAUCUGGUAGUGAUGAUAAGUCUAUCCGCUUUUGGGAUGUUUAGACAGGAAAAGAAAAAGUGAAAUUAGAGGGUCAUAGUAGUUGCGUAAAUUCGGUAUGCUUCUCUCCUAAUGGGGCUCUGUUAGCUUCUGGUAGUUAUGAUAACCCUAUUCAUUUAUGGGAUUUUAAGACAGGUAAAUAAAUAGCCAAAUUAGAAGGCCUAUAAUUUAAAACUAUACAAUUUGAAAAUAACCCUCUUUUAGAGGAUAGUAUUUAUUUCUACUAUAUCUAGUUAAUUCAAAUAUCACAAUUCUCCUUAUAUCCGAAAAACCCAUUUUUUAAGCAUAAGGAACUUUAAUAUUUAAUGGAAAAAUCGAGAAUCAAUCCUGCAUAGAUUUAAAACCUUUAUUUAAAUCAAAUGGAAGUAUCUUUUUGUACAGUAAUUUAGAACAGCAAUAAUAGUCGAAAUGA